AUGGGGGAAGAGACGACAUUGAACCUAAAAACGGCUCGCGCACUGAAACGAGAUAUCCUAGAUACGCUGGAACGGGAAUCGAAAGCGAAGGGGCACUUAAAGCCGUCGGAGAAGAGGAAUGUUGUUGCUGCCACUCCGCGGGCUGUGAACAAUAACCAGGAUGUCUUUGGCAUGUACGCUACCGUCGUUCCGUUUGGGGUGGGCUUGAUUUCACUGCUAAUAUUUGGCAGGCUAGAGGAUUUGGUUCCAAAUACACCGUACUCUGCUGGGAAAUCAAUUAAACGAAAGGCGGGAUUCGACACUCCUUCCACCAAAGCCAACCGGGCAGGGGACUUUAGCUCUCCGUUGAACCCUCGUACCCCUAUGAAACAUGCUGGUGGGCAAUUGGACAUACCGGCUCCUACCCCUUUCUCCGAACGCCAAAAUAGCGGACAAGUACUAGAAACUCUCAAUUCAGAGUUACCCGCCGCCCAACCUCCCAUGGCGCCCUACUCCGAAAGCCGAAUAAAAUUGACAGCCAAUACGGAUAUUAAGAAAUUCACAUACAAGCCAAUGGCAAUGAAGCUGUCCGAAUCUUCUGAAGUUCUGGACGACAGGAUAGAUGAAUUUGCUGCGAUAUUCCAAAAACAAUAUACGUCGGAUGAUACUCCUUUUGGAAACGCUGCCCAGCAAAGCACAAGAGAGAUCAUUGCGGUGGGUAGAAUUGCCUCUGAUAGUUCAGAAGGAAGGCUCAAUACUGCGUCUUUGGUGCUUGAAAUGUCUCGACGUACGGGUGCUGGCUUGCGUGUUCCGUUGAAGGUCGACUCGCUCCCCUCCGUCCAGUUCUUCCCCGGCCAAAUUGUUGCAAUCAAAGGUAUCAACGCCUCGGGCGAGUACUUUUCUGCGAUUGAAGUCUUGUCGACCCCCUUGCUUCCUCCCGCCGCCUCCACGCUUGCUACCAUAAAUUCUACAAACGAACGACUCAGUGGAUCGGGCAGUGAACCUUUAAACGUACUCCUAGCGUCUGGGCCAUACACAACGGACGAUAACCUGGACUUUGAGCCGCUGAACGCACUUUGCGCCAAAGCGGCAGAGCAAUCUGCCGAUAUGGUACUCUUAACAGGGCCCUUUCUUGACAUUGAACAUCCGUUACUCGCCACGGGUGACUUUGACCUGCCAGAUAUUCCUGGCAUCGAUCCGGACUCGUCCACGCUCUCAGUUCUUUUCAAACACUGCAUUUCUCGACCGCUACAUCAACUCACCAUGGCUGUGCCCAGCAUCACGAUCGUCCUCGUUCCAUCGGUACGGGACGCAGUGAACAAACACGUUUCCUGGCCCCAGGAGAUGCUACCAAAACGAGAACUAGGGCUGCCCAAGCAAGUGCGCAUGGUUCCCAACCCUGUCACUAUCUCCCUCAAUGAAUCCAUCUUCGGACUCUGCUCGCACGACGUGCUCUACGAGCUCAGAACGGAAGAGAUACUGGGCGGAAAGCCGACAGAAACCAAUUUACUAACAAGACUGCCGCGAUAUCUCAUCGAGCAGCGACACUUUUCUCCUGUUUUCCCGCCAUCUGCUAGAGAGCGUCUACCGCGGGCGGGGACGGAGGAUGGCGUCGCCACGGGCGCGAUGCUGGAUCUGCGGUAUUUGAAGUUGGGGGAGUGGUGGAAUGUGCGGCCCGAUGUGCUUAUUACGCCGAGCACGCUGCCACCGUUUGUCAGGGUAAGUUUUCUUUUAACACCUCUAUACAGCCGGCUUUUGGACAUUCCAAGCUGA